GAGACACCGCCCACAACGCCAACACGAUGAACACCGCUACGCCAAAUACUCGUGCCUACAAUGCCUCCAAGCACAACGAAUUCAAUGAACCGGUUUUCCAUGGGCAGACAACAUUCGGAGAUACGACCAACUACCACUUCGGCAGAAAAAAAGACGCACAGACACGCGAGUUCUUGGAGAAUCUGGUAGCUACGAAGGUCGAUUGGUCCAUCCUUUCGCGUCAGUUGUCGGUUGUCGACCAAGGCACCACCUACCGAUCCACGUACGUACCUGUCGACCAAAACUCGCCGGAUUUCCCUUGGGUCACUAAGAACAUCGACUUCACGAAAUGGGAGUCGGACGAGAAGCAGCAAGCUCUGUGGUUAUCUGGAGCCUGUGACGCCGGUACGAAGGAGGUGUCUUCCCAAGUCAUAUACAACGCCAAGAAGAAAGCCACUCAGUCGAACGGUUGUGUCUUGUACUUUUUCUGCGCAACCGCAACAGAAUCUCGGGAUUCGAUUGCCACCGUCUUCGUCCAUACGCUGCUCCAUCAGAUUGUCGGUUUUUCGGGCGAUGAGACGGCUCAAGCUAUCACCACAACUUUCCUUACGUCACUCUUGGACGGUCAUAUCCGGCGAAGUUUGUCGGGCUUCAAGAAGGACGAUCCACUGGUUAAAACUGUGGAAAGGAUCCUAGACGCUCCCUCAUAUGACCUUCACAUCGCGUUGAUCAAUGCGCUUGCGAAAGCGGGACCCCAGCAUCUAUCGCUCAUCAUCGAUGGGAUCAGCAUUGCGGCAAUGAAGGGUGAUGUGUUCGUUCGGAACGUUUCCCUCCUGGUGAACCAUAUGAUAGCUGCGGGGGCUGUGGGGGCUGUGGGGGCUACAAGGUUCAAGGCUUUACUCACAAGCUCUCAGUACUCUGAGCUCAAGGGAUUUCUAGGCGAUCUACCGUCCAUCCAGUUUCGCCAAGAGCGAGAAGAGAUUCUUCGUCUUCUGCAAGACCACGACGGUACACGAUAUGGAAAUAUCACCCGACAGCAUGGCGGUUCGCUUGAGUGGUUAUGGCAGAAUGCAGAAUACCGGAAUUGGGAGAAAUCGACGACGUCAAAGCUCCUAUACAUCGAGGGGAAGCCUGGUAGUGGAAAAAGCACUCUUGUGAAAUAUUUCGAGAGCAACCUAGCAGAGAAGGUACCAGAUUCGACGUCAGCUACUGUGGCCUACUACUUCUACACCCUUCGAGGCACCACCGAGGAGGCCAAGCAUGCGAACAUGCUGCGGGCCAUUCUGCACAGUAUUCUUACGCAGGACGAGUCCGUUUUCCAUCAUUUCCAGACCGCAUUCCGGCACUUUCGAUAUGCCAAAGAAUGGCCAUACGAAUCUCUCAAAUCGAUCCUAUCCUCUCUCGUGGAUCAUAUUUCACCGAAACCGCUCUACCUUAUUCUUGACGCAAUGGACGAAUCCAUGGAAGAAGACAGAACCGAGAUUGUGGAGCUACUCUGCAAGCUGUGUUCAGCAAAAGGCUUUCGUGUAAAGGCGUUUGUUGCCAGUCGCCCGGUUGCCGACCUCAAUCUCCUGUUCACAGAAUGGCGUCAUUCGAUGCAUGUCAUCAGGCUUCAGCACGAGAACUACGGCGAUAUCUGCACGUUUACCGAUACUUUUCUGACGAAACUCGGGUUAUCCGAACAGAUCCUUCUGGAUACUGGUAAAUAUAUCAAAGCCAAUGCCGAGGGUGUUUUUGUGUGGGUUCACCUGGUUAAAGCCGAAUUAACCCGUUUGCGAUCAACUGGCCUAAGCGAUAUGCAAUUGAGUCAUCAACUCAAGUGUCUUCCUCGCAAACUGGAAGAGUUCUACAAGCAUAUGCUCGACAGGCUGGAGCGGGAGGGCAGAGAUGAUGAGGUUCAGGACGGAAUAACGCUCGUUCAGUUCGUUCUAUUCUCCUCUCGUCCCCUGAAUGUUGUCGAACUGCAACAUGUUCUUGCUUUCCAGGCUAUGGACUGCGAUUCCUCGGUCACUCCUCCACAUAUUAAGUUCCAGCGACACCUGAGCGACGCCAUCGAGGCGAGGAUUGCACACUGCGGCGGCAACUUCUUAGACAUUACGGCAGAUGGAACCGUUCAACUGAUGCAUCAAACCGCCCGCGAGUUUUUUCUCCAAAUUAAACAACAUAAACCCGAUUCAAAAUUCUAUCUGAGCAGCCAGAAAACCCAUGGCGCAAUCGCUACCACUUCGGUUCAGUAUCUGAUGCUCUGUUUGGGAAACCCAGAAACCUCCAUGAAAGAUACCCUGUCAGAUACCAAGGGUUGGGGUUCGAACGAGUUUCAACGUUAUGCCAAAUACCUCAACGAGUGGCCGUUGAUCACUUACGCAAUAUUCAAUGUCUACUAUCAUCUAGGGUUGUGCGAUACGGGGAAAAGGAUUUUACAUCUCGUUAAGAAACUUAUCAAAAAGCUGACUAGCAUUCCAGGGACCGCAUCUCUUGGGAGAUUGGUGGCUAGACAACAUAAAAAGAAGAAAUCUAUCCUCACUUCCAUACUAGACAUGGCAAGCAGGACGCCUCUACGAAAAAUUCCCCCUGAGAGUGCCUCCGACGACUUCGUCCACAGGGCUCUAGAUGCUGCCGCCGAGUUAGAUAUGCUCCGAGUCUUCGAGUUGCUGCGGUCUACCCACAUGCAUACACUGGACGAGGUUCUACUGAUUUCAUGUGUCAGGAAGCGGCUGACAGCUGCCUCCAGAGAACUGAUCAAAGGAGUCGAAAAUAUCGACGGUGUAGACGUGGCGGGGAAGUCGGCACUACAUCACGCAGUCGAGAACGGGGACCUGACAAUAGCUAGACUGCUGAAAGAUGCACAGGCCUCUUCGGGGCUCCGCGAUAAUCAUGGGAACACGCCCGUAGACAUAGCCGUUAAGUUGUAUGGGUGGGUGUCUCCACGGGACCACGAAGCUCUAACUAAUAGUGUCAUCACCGAUGCCUAAUUUCCCGAAUCCCAGCUUGUGAGUCUGCAAGCCAAUGAAAUUUGGUGCCACAAUAGGUUUACGUCCCUAACGGUUUGCUACAGCUAAUCCGGUUGGAGUGAGGCUCCCCGCAAUCCUUAUGUGGCUCCCACGACAGACGAACGAUCCUGACGGUGUGAUACAGCUU